GCCCCUCAUCCUCACAGGACAGUGAUCAUGUGACUCUCUCUGUUAAAGGAUCAAAACCAAAAGCUGAACUCACAUCAGAUACUGAAGGAUCUGUACUGACGGGAAACACAGUGACUCUGACGUGUCUCAUGAAUCAGUUCACUGGAUGGAAGUUUUACUGGUAUCAACACACACAGAACACUGAGAAGACGACAACAGAUACAAACACCUACACAAUGUCCAAUGUUAGAGUUUCAGAUGGAGGUCAGUACUGGUGUAGAGCUGGAAGAGGGAAUCCAGUCUAUUACACAGACUACAGUGAUGUUCUGUGGAUCAAUGUUACAGAGAGUCCUAAAGCAGUUUUGAGAGUUGAGCCUGACAAACAGCUGUUCUCAGGAGAAACUGUCAUUCUGAGAUGUGACAUACAGACUAAACAAGACACUGAGUGGACAUACAGCUGGACUGUAGAGAAAUAUAACCAACAGUAUACAGUCAACCGAUGCAAAACACAAGAGUGUAAAAUCAGAGUUUAUCACAGUGACAGCGGUCACUACACGUGUAGAGGAAAGAGUGUAAAUGGACAAAACUCUGAGAAGAGUGAAGCUGUUACACUGACUGUAUCAUCAUAUAAACCCAAGACACUUUUAAGAGUUUCUCCACAGCAGUGGCUGACUGAAGGAGAUUCAGUGACUCUGAUGUGUGAGGUUAACAGAUCCUCUACAGGCUGGACAUUCAGCUGGUUCACUGAACACAAUCUCUCCUCAGGUUAUGAUCUGGUGUCAGACAGCAGUGGAGGAUCUAAAGGAAACUACACUGUGAGUUCUGCUGCUCUGAAGCACACAGGAGUUUAUAUGUGCGGAGCAGAGAGAGGAGAUCCAGUCUAUCACACACACAACAGCAGCACACAACCACUGUGGAUCACUGGUGUUUCUUCUUCAGUGUCUCUGAUCAUCAGACCCAACAGAACUCAACACUUCUCAUCUGAAUCUCUCUCUCUGAGCUGUGACGAUCACAGGAACUCUACUGGAUGGACAGUGAGAAGAUACACAAACACACUGGAAACUUCUUCAUCAUCAUCAGUCAGAUCUACAGGAACAGAAUCUACAUGUACAAUCAGAUCUCUCAUCACAUCUGACACUGGAGUGUACUGGUGUGAGUCUGAAUCUGGACACAAACUUCAUCCUGUUAAUAUCUCAAUACACAAUGGUGAUGUGAUUCUGGACAGUCCUGUUCAUCCUGUGACUGAAGGAGAUUCUCUGACUCUUCACUGUUUAUAUGGAGAUAAAAACCCAUCAAACCUCAGAGCUGAAUUCUAUAAAGAUGGAUCAGUGGUGCAGAAUCAGACUACAGGAGACAUGAUGAUCAUCUCUACAGUCUCAAAGUCACAUGAGGGUUUCUACUACUGUAAACACCCAGAGAGAGGAGAGUCUCCAAAGAGCUGGAUCUCAGUCACAGGUGAGCGAGAGAAGAUUUCUGUCUUCAAGAUUCCCAGUUUUCUGCUGGCCGUUUGUCCAUAUCUGAUAGUGACAGUCGUGCUGGUGUUCAAAUGCUACAGAUUGAGAGAAGAAACAUUGUAUGCAGAGAAAAUUCUUGCUGGAGAGCCUCUUCAAUUUUCAAAUGACCCCUCUGCGGCUGAAAAAUACAGAAAACAGGUGGCGUUGACACUCCUAAACGAGACAGAUGACCUCAGUGAGCUUUGCCACUAUUGUGGGGAGAAGGAUGCAGGGCAAGGAAGGACAACUGCCAAAAAAAAAGAAAAUGCUUGGGUCCAGUGUGACGUGUGUGACCGAUGGUUCCACAUACAGUGCGCUAAAAUGGUGGACCCCAGGAAGUACUUCAGCUGUGCUGCAUGCCAGUUUGUGCCUCCAGAUUAA